GUGUGUGUGUGUGUGUCUGUGUGUGUUUCACUUGUUCAGUGAGAAGGAGUAAGAUACCGAUAGUUUCUCUCUCUCUCUCUCUCUCUCUACUACUUCACCCUCACACACACACACACACACAUACACACACACAGAGCGAGGGAUAGACAGAGAGAGAGAGAGAGAGAGAGAGAGAGAGAGCACAGAGAAGUGGAGAGAGACAGGCUUUUCAGUGGUCAGACUCUAAACCGCAUCCCGUUCCCUUAAAUGAAUCGGACUACAGCGAGCGACUUGUUGUGUUCAGCUGGAGAUCUGUUGUUUGUUUAAAUGUGUAUGGUCAUAUUUGCUCCGAUUUUUGCCAUCUUUGCUUUCGCAACAUGUGGAGGCUACACUGGACAGCUGCGGGUUAGCGUGGACUGCGUCAACAAGACCGACAGCAAUCUCAGCAUCACCGUUAAAUUCGCCUAUCCAUUCAGGCUGAAUCAGGUGACCUUCACGGUGCCUACUUGUGAAGGCCGACAGCAGGAGCAGCUCCACCUGGACGGAGAUUUCUCCUCCUCUGCCGAGUUCUUCGUCACUAUUGCCGUCUUCGCCUUCCUCUACUCUCUCUUUGCCACUGUGGUCUACAUCUUCUACCAGAACAAAUACAGAGAGAACAACCGCGGCCCGUUUAUCGACUUCAUAGUGACGGUGGUCUUCUCCUUCAUGUGGCUGGUGGGAUCUUCUGCUUGGGCCAAAGCUCUGUCCGACGUGAAGGUGGAGACGGACCCUGACGAAGUGCUUCUGCUCAUGUCUGCGUGUAAAGUCCAGACCAACAAGUGUGCCUCGGUGUACGGGCCGGUCUGGUCCGGCCUCAACACCUCUGUGGUGUUCGGCUACCUGAACUUCGUCCUCUGGGCCGGAAACAUCUGGUUUGUGUUUAAAGAGACCGGCUGGCAUAAGGGCGGAGCUGCACGAUACCCGACACCGGCUCCUGAAAAACACACCACCGCCUUCAACCAACAACCCUACAACCAGCAGAACUACAACCAGGGCACCUUCGACCAAUCAGGAGCCAGCUUCGGAGGAACCGGAGGAUUCGGUCAAUCAGACUACAGCCAGGUGGGGAGUUACACCUCAAGUGGACCCGCGUCCUACUGACCACACGCCAGUUUAUCUUCCAGGCUAAAUGUCACGGGGGCAGGGGACAAUUUCAUGGGCAAAGGGUGAGAAUCGGGUUUUGUGUAAUUGUCUUAUUUGUGAAUGAUGUCUUUACUCUAAAAAUUUCAGCAUCUUCACACAAAGCCAGUUUUCUUUCUUUGGUCUUUAAAAAAAUGACUCAGAAUUUGGGUUUUGAAAAUUCACCUGAAGGUAUAAGACUUCCCUUUGGAUUUCUUCAGAGCCUGUAAAGGUUCUUAUGUAGAACCCUUGCAAAGAUGUGAUUCUAUUAGAAAGGAAAGGGUUCAAAUAAAACUCUUCAAAACAUCUUGAGGAAGGAUUUCACACACACAGAAAUAAAGCUGCUGGGAAAAUGGCUCUGUAGAAGAACCUUCAGUUUUCUUAAGCAAAGUGGGACGGAGGGAUCUUCAGCUAUUUUUCAUGGUGGCACAGACACCUGAAACAUUUUUCCUCACAUAAAUAUUGCCAUGAUUUUGGAGAGGUUGGAAAAUGUUGUUGUUGCAACAACAGAAAUAGUUCCUUAAGGAACCAAAAUGGUUCCUCUAAAGAAAGGUUUCAUGCUAAAGAACGGUUCAGAAAGGUACAGGGAUGAGAGUUCAUACAGGAUAAUCAAGACAAACACUUUGGGUCCUUCGUUUCUUAAAGGGUUCUCCUGGUAAAAGGCUCUGAUUGGGAACCAGAAAGGUACAGGGUUCUACAUGGGACCUUUAAGUGUUCCCCUAGAGGAAAUCCUCUGACCACAUAAUAUAACACUAGUGCAUAUUUCUGUUCAGUUUUCUACAUUGCGCUGACUUGAUGCAUAAAGAUGUGUCGCUGCGCUAAACUCUGAAUAAAAUAAAUCCAACAAAAAGCUGAAAUGUUCAUAUGAAGUUUCCACAAAUGGCAUACUUGUAUAUAUACAGUUGUUAGAAUUUAUGAAUAUAUUUUCCUUCUGUUUGUCAACUUGUUUUGACAUCAUCACUGAGUCUGAUUGAUGUUUUCUCGGCUGUAGGUAUAGACAGAGGAGAAUGAGAUAUAAUUGUGCAUCGUAAACCGUUUUAAAGCCGACGACGGUCAGGUCGCAUGCAUGCCACACACCUUCCAUCAAGUCUAGUGCAGGUCUCUUGCUGUCUCGAGCUCUAUUUCCUACUCUCUUCUCGCUAUUUUCUGAUUUUUAUACAUCUCACACACACAGUUCUCUCUGACCUAAAUGGAUGUUAUUUAAUGAAAAACAAAACUUUCUUGGGAAAGAAAAAAAAAUACAUGUCUGCUUAGAAGAUAAUUGCAAGGCAUGGCAUUUAAACAAAAUGAAGGAAAAAAGAAAAUGUUUAUUAUUUAUUAUAAAAUUCAUGUGUUCUGCUUGCUCUAAAGUGUAUCGUUUUUUUUGUCAGUGUAAUUUUUUAUUUAUUUAUUUAUUUUUGGUAAUUAUUUCCAUGGUGUGAAUGACACUGCAUGUGCAUUUGGAGUAAUGCUAAUAAAGAUUGUGUACAGAGCCAUGAGUCAGAUCGUCUCUUUAUAGAAAUUCAUUGGAAAUGUACACCUUUACUGUUAUUCUAAAUAAUUAUUGUAUCAUUUACAAUAUUUAAAAUUAAGAUUAAAGGUUGAAUAGUA